CUCAUUUUCUUCGGUUGCUUCAGGCGAAGUUAAUGCGUUUUAUCUGGGCCGAUAAGCACUCCAGAGUAUCCAAAAGUACGCUUUUUGCCCAUAGACUUCAGGGUGGUCUUGGGGUGCCUAAUAUUGCCCCGCUGUCUAUGUUGCACGCCUCUUCCGACGUCCCCCUCUGGGUCCUGUUGGAAACUUGUGCCCCUAAUUGUGCUUCCCCCUGCCCUAUCGCACUGAGUCCUAUCGACGACUCUUCUACUCUGGUGGCUUCACCCCCUUUGCUCCCAAUUAUUAACAACCCUCUUUUCCCGCCGGGUUUGGAUCACCCAGGGGCGUUUUCUUGGUGGGUGACUAAUGGUUUUUCGCAGGUGCGACACUUUUUGAUUUUUCGGUCCUUUCCCACCUGGGACUCUCUUCGGGAAUCCCGGAAUAUCCCCCCGGCGGAAUUUUUUCGAUAUCUUCAAUUGCGACACUGGCUGCUCUCGCUGCGGGGUACUUCUGCGUUCCCGUACCAGAAAUCUGCCUUUGAACAGCUCUGCCAACUGCGUCCGGGCGCUCCGGGCCUUAUAUCCCUUCUUUAUGCAGCUCUGAACAGACGCUCGUCGCAUACUUCACUUUCAUAUGUUGUUCAGUGGGAGCGCGACCUGGGAGUGGCUGUGGAUCCGGAGGACUGGAAUAAGGCCUGGUCACUCAUAGCUAAAUGCUCAUUUAAUACGACCACACUGGAGGCAGCCUAUAAGGUAUUGUUUCGUUGGUACUGGGUUCCGGCUCGGCUGGCCCGGGCUAACCCUGCCUGUAGUGAUCAAUGUUUUCGGGGUUGUAGUCAUCGUGGUGAUGUAUUACAUAUCUGGUGGUCAUGCCCGAGACUGUUUCGUUUUUGGUCUCGUGUAUUUGGCCUCCUUUUCACCUUGUUC